AUGGUUGGAGCUGGUGUUCUUGGUCUCCCCUAUGCUAUGUCACAACUUGGAUGGGGUCCAGGUGUGACUUUACUUAUCAUUUCAUGGAUCAUCACACUAUACACAUUGUGGCAAAUGGUUGAGAUGCAUGAAAUGGUUCCGGGAAAACGUUUUGAUAGAUAUCAUGAAUUAGGUCAACAUGCAUUUGGAGAAAAGUUAGGUCUUUAUAUUGUGGUGCCUCAACAAGUUGUAGUAAUGCUUGGUGGAACUAUUGAUUACAUGGUAACCGGGGGUGCAUCAUUGCAGAAGUUCCAUGAUACAGUUUGUCCAAAUUGCAAAAAAAUUAAAUUAACCUUUUUCAUUAUGAUAUUUGCCUCUGUUCAUUUUGUAUUGUCUCAUCUACCUAGCUUCAACUCCAUUUCUGGUGUAUCUCUGAUUGCAGCAGUCAUGUCUAUUGGUUAUUCUACAAUUGCUUGGACUGCUAGUGCGCAUAAAGGAAUACAAGAAAAUGUCAAAUAUAAUAACAAAGCUAAAACUAGAAUAGAUUUUAUCUUUAAUUUCUUCAACGCGGUUGGUGCAGUUGCUUUUGCUUAUGCUGGACACAGUGUGGUGUUGGAAAUUCAAGCGACAAUUCCAUCAACACCUGAAAAACCAUCCAAGGUUUCAAUGUGGAGAGGAGUUGUUGUUUCCUAUAUUGUUGUUGCUUUUUGUUAUUGGCCAGUUGCUAUUAUUGGUUAUUGGAUGUUUGGUAAUGAGGUUAAGGAUAAUAUUCUCAUCUCUUUAGAGAAACCAACUUGGAUCAUUGCAAUGGCUAACCUAUUUGUUGUUUUCCAUGUAAUAGGAAGUUAUCAGGUUUUUGCCAUGCCAAUGUUUGAUAUGCUUGAAAGUGUGCUUGUGAAGAAAUUGAAUUUUGAGCCAAGUGCAAUCCUUCGCUUUGUUGUGCGUAAUGUAUAUGUUGCAUUCACAAUGUUUAUUGCCAUUACUUUUCCAUUUUUCGGUGGUCUAUUAGGAUUUGUUGGAGGAUUUUCUGUCACUCCAACAACAUAUUUUCUUCCAUGUAUCAUAUGGCUUAAAAUCUAUAAACCAAAGAGAUUCAGCUUGUCUUGGUAUAUUAAUUGGAUAUGCAUUGUAUUUGGCCUAUGUAUAAUUAUUUUAGCACCUAUUGGAGCAUUGAGGAGUAUUAUCCUUGAAGCCAAGACCUAUAAAUUUUACACAUAA